ACAUGAUACUAGUACAGUUAUACCCCCAAGUAGGGACAUAUAGAGACCAAAGGAAAGUCGUGGAUAUUGAUAAUUGAUCUACAUAUUCUCACUCUCCGAGUCAGGAUGACUUUUGAGUAAAUAGCUACUGUCAAUAUAAAGUUCAACUGAGAAACAACACCACAUAUAUUAAUAGUACUAUAUAUCGACCUCUCGUUUCACCAGACAAACCAUCUAUAUUUUCUUCUUCUUCAUCUUCUUCUUCCAUCUGAUUUCUCCCUAACAAUAUCCUUAUAAAACCCAACAAAGAAUAUAAAGUCAUAAUAGCUAGUAAUUCAAUACAACAAAAAUGAGUCAGUGUGUUCCCAGUUGGGAUCUCGACGACAGUACAAGUGUCCCUGCUGCCAGCAGAUUAUCUCUUCGCUCCCGCUCUAAUUCCACCGCUACUGAUGUCCCCCUGUUAGAUUACGAGGUGGCCGAGCUGACAUGGGAAAACGGCCAAAUAACCAUGCACGGGUUGGGGCCACCGCGAGUGCCGAACAAGAACAUAGGUACGAAUUGGCCAGAGAAGCCACGCGCCGGCGGCACACUCGAGUCCAUAGUCAAUCAAGCCACACGACCCUCAACCCUAUCACUACCUUACAAGCCCCAUGGUAUGCCUACAGCCGCUGCCAGAGAGGAGUUGGUUCCCUGGAUGAAGGGCCAUCAAGGGUCGGCGCCACCUGCAGCCGCCCAGGACAAUACCGCGACCAUGGACGCACAAGUCCCUUGCUCUGACCCAGUCAAAUCUCGUAACAACGAUCGGAUUAAAGAUAGCGUAGUGGUACCGGGGUUCGGAACUUGCCAUGGCCAGCGAGGUAUUGUAUCGUAUACUCAGGUAGCAUCGUGCAGUGGCGCCGUUAGUACUCAAGAGGAGAUUAAUAAUAAGACCACCGGAGGCUUUGUAGUUCCUGAUCAGAAACGAGGAAGCAGGACGGUCGUGCAGACGACGGCGCGUGAGUGCCCAGGAGACCAAAGUAUGAGUGGAACCAGCGCAACGUUUGGGACUGGGAACCAGCCACUUAGACUUGACUCCUGUGAUAGGGAUGUGGGUUUGGGUUACCCUUCUACGUCGAUGGGGUCGCCGGAGCAUGUCAGCUCUGACAAACGUUCUAGAAAGAGAACCACUGCAGAUGAUCACAACUCGUUCUGUCAUAGCAGAUCACAGAGGGAGUCAGGCGAUGAUGAAGACAAAAAGAAAGGAACCGGAAAAUCAUCGGCUUCCACUAAAAGGAGUAGAGCUGCUGCUAUUCAUAAUCAAUCUGAACGGAAAAGGAGAGAUAAGAUCAACCAAAGGAUGACGACACUCCAGAAGCUGGUCCCGAAUUCCAGCAAGACUGAUAAAGCUUCGAUGCUGGAUGAAGUGAUCGAUUAUUUGAAGCAAUUACAAGCUCAAGUUCAAAUGAUGAACAGAAUGAACAUGCCCGCGGCUAUGAUGUUGCCAAUGGCUAUGCAACAACAACUUCAAAUGUCGAUGAUGAAUAGCUUGGCAGGGAUGGGAAUGGGAAUAGGGAUGACCAUGGACACAAUGGGUCGUCCUAAUCUUCCCGGAAUCAAUCCAAUACUUCAUCCCAAUCCAUUCAUGCCCAUGAACGCCUGGGAUCAUGGCUCUGCUUCUGCCGCUGCUGCUGAUCAAAGCAGAUUGCAGCCUCAAUUGCCUCCAGUCAUUCCUGAUCACCUGGCCUCAUUCUUUGCAUGCCAACCACAGUCUAUGACACCUGAGGCUUAUAGUAGGAUGGCUGCAAUGUACCAGCAGCUUCAUCAACCUCCGACUUCAACUUCUAAGAAUUAAUCAUGUGACGAGAAUAGUGUUAUUAACUUUCUAUAUAAAUGGCAAAAGGACAAAAUUGCUCAAAUUCUUAUCCAUAGCUAUUGUUUGGAAAAUGCAAAAUUUGGUGCAAACCAUAAUAUUUUCUAUUUAGGUUUAUAGGCCGGUUAAAUAUGAAUGGGUAUUGUAAUUGAAAUUAAUUUAUAGUAGAAGUUUUCAAGUGAUGGUGUAUAGACUCAUAAAAUUUGUCCACAAAGGGCAAAUAGUAGAAAGAAAAUAAAUAAUUUGAAGAACAUAAA